AUUGAAAUGGUGGUGUGACAGGAAGAUUUGUAAGUGGAAGAAUGAAAGCUAGGAUGUGGAGGGAUAGAGAGAGGUAGAGUGGUGGAGGUGAAAGCGGAGGUAAUGGGAUGAAAAGAGGUAACAUAGGGAGUGUUUUAUAUAUAUAUAUAUAUAUAUAUAUAUAUAUGCACUCCUACCUACCUCCAUACAUAAACAUAUUACAUACUGACGCACACACACAUAUAUUUAUAUUUAUAUUUAUAUGGAGCCUGAUUUAAAGCGAAGCAAAUAGUCAGUGGUUAUCAGUUAGAAGUAACAAGUUAGACGGGAUACAGAUUCAAAAAGUGUGAGCGGGAGAGAGACAGAGUAAGAGAAAAGGAAAAGUAAAAUAGAGAGAGAGAGAGCGAGAAAAAAAAAACAAACAUACAGCCACACAGACCGAUAACUAAAAGAUAGACAGAAAAAAGAAACUCUAAACGUAGCAGUUGAUAAUAUAGAAAUACAGAAAUAUAUAUAUUAAGAAACGUAUCCUAUAUAAGGAUCUAUCUGGUUUAUUUAGAAACAACUAUAAUAUAAUAGUGAUUACUAAACAAUAUACGGACACGUAUAGCGAGCCAUAUAUUGCAUAAUAUACUUAUAUUUGUAUAUAAAUUAAGGGAUAUACCUCGGUGAUUCAAAGUUUUCUUGUAAGACAUGGAUGGCGAAUCGACUGUUGAGAAUGGUGAAAACCACCCCGAACCAGUGCUGCAAUCACAACCUGCCCCACCGAAAAUUAAGAGAGGGUUUAUCCGUUUGAGACGAGAUGAGACUUGUGUACAAUGGGGUUUUCGCAUCAUCGGAGGCUGCGAUACGGGAAUUUCUUUGCAAAUUAUCAAGGUUACACCUCAGAGUUUAGCAGCCAAGAAAGGACUUCGGCCUGGUGAUGUCAUUCUCAAAAUAUGUGGUAAUAUUGUUAAGGACAUGAAUAACGAACGAGCUAAGAUGGAAAUUCUUAGAGCUGGCAAUGAACUGGACCUUGUCAUUGAGAGGGAUUUCAGUAAAGUUCCACCAAAACCAGCACCAAAGACUAAGGCUCGACCUAAGUCUUAUUCCUCUGAUCAAGACUUAGAUUGUUUUCAGUGUAUGGUUAAUCCGAAUCUACAAUCAAGAUCUUUCCGAAUUCUUCAAGAGACGCUGGAACGUUUGCCGCCGACUGAGCUGACACCACCCACAGUUAUCGAAAAUUCUGGUGAGCACAGGAAUUCCGGAGUUUACGUAGAAAACGACACACAGUGGGCGUCUCCACCUGUGGAUGAAAACUCAUACAACCAAGACGAAAUCGUUCCCGAGCCUCGCGGUUAAUAUAUAUACAUACAUACAUACACACACACACACACACACA